AUGCCUCUCAAUUUGCAAGGGGUACGACAAUACUUAAGUGAAUUAAGGAAUUCUGGCGGCUUGCACAAAGAUCAAGCCGAGAAAUACCGGAAUGUUUUAUUAGAAAUAAUAAAAAAUAAUGAUAAUGAACUUGCGGAAAGCCUAAAAGCCUUUAUAGAAGCAAUUGUAAAUGAGAAUGUAAGUCUGGUAAUAUCCCGGCAACUUCUCACAGAUGUCAGCACUCAUUUAUCCUUACUACCUGAUCCUAUCUCGCAAGAAGUAUCUCAUUUCAGUUUAGAUGUUAUCCAGCCUAGAGUUAUUUCUUUUGAAGAACAGGUUGCUAGUAUUAGACAGCAUUUGGCAGACAUAUAUGAGCGUAAUCAAAACUGGAAGGAAGCUGCAAAUGUACUGGUUGGCAUUCCUUUAGAGACUGGUCAAAAACAGUACUCUGUUGACUACAAACUAGAGACAUACUUGAAAAUUGCCCGACUUUACUUAGAAGUUGAUGACCCCAUGCAGGCUGAGGCAUAUGUUAACCGAGCAUCGUUACUACAGGCUGAAACCACUAAUGAACAAUUGCAGAUUUAUUAUAAAGUAUGUUAUGCUCGGGUACUGGAUUAUAGACGAAAAUUUAUAGAAGCAGCACAGAGAUACAAUGAAUUAUCAUACCGUAAUAUCAUCCAUGAAGAUGAGAGAAUGACUUGCCUUAGAAAUGCACUGAUUUGUACAGUUUUGGCUUCGGCAGGUCAGCAAAGGUCACGAAUGUUGGCGACACUAUUCAAGGAUGAGCGGUGUCAACAAUUGCCAGCAUUCUCCAUACUUGAGAAAAUGUAUCUUGACCGAAUUAUUCGGAGAUCAGAAUUACAUGAGUUUGAAGCCCUAAUGCAAACUCAUCAAAAGGCCACAACCCCAGAUGGAUCUUCUAUCUUGGAUCGAGCAGUAUUUGAGCAUAACCUGCUAUCUGCAAGCAAACUGUACAAUAAUAUAACCUUUGAAGAAUUAGGGGCUUUGUUGGAGACUCCGCCCUCGAGAGCGGAACGCAUUGCGAGUCAGAUGAUCAGUGAGAAAAGGAUGAAUGGACAUAUUGAUCAAAUUAACUCCAUUGUCCAUUUUGAAACUCGUGAUAUAUUACCUCAAUGGGAUAAACAAAUUCAAAGUCUUUGCUACCAAGUUAACAGUCUUAUUGAAAAGAUCGCAGCCGCUGAACCAGAAUGGAUGGCGAAGCUCAUGGAAGAAGAAAUGAUACAAUAG